GAAUUAAAUAAUUUUGAUCAUUAUAAAACAAAUAUUGCUUGUUUAAAGGAUUUGAAUAUUCAUCCUGUUCGUGUUACGCAUAAUUCAAGUUCAUCGUUAAUACGACACUUACGUUGUGUACAUAAAUUAAAUACUUUUAAAUCAAAAGAAAAACUUGUCAAUCGAUCAACUACAAAAGAAUCUCAUUACAACUGA